UUUCAAUUGUACAGUCUUGAACCAUGAUGUGGCCGUUUCUUGCUCCACAUGUUAGUCCUCGUAUGCUGAUGAUUGAUCGGCCAUCCAUGGCCUCCCGCGGCAAUCACAUGUGCGGGAGAAGACAUACAGUACGAGGCUACGACUUGACUUUGACGUCGUCUCGUCUCCGGGUCUCCCUUCGGGGUCUACCGUCUUGGAUGCCUAUCCUGGUGACGAAACCUUAACUUCAAAUACGGUAUCUGGUCAUAAUAUGUACUUACUAGUACCGACCAUGACUCUUUUCCUGUUUCCGUUUUCCAAGUCCUUGCUUUAUGGCCCGAAGAGACACUGACACGACGUUGGCAAUCGAGUAACGCACGAUGCAGUCGCUGAGACCUAGACCACACUUUGUCCAAGCAACGUCGAGAGCGCUAUCAACAGCAUCAACAUCACCGUCGGCAUUAGUGUCUGCCCAGGCAAGCAGGCAACUCGGUCGUCUUCCAACCGCCGCGGCAUACUCUACGCAGGCUCUUGGGAUCGAACACCGCGGCGCUGGAGCUGUUGGGUCCAGCCGAGCACCGGCGGGCACGACGAGAUCGUCACAUCUUGCGCAGCGAAGCAGUACGAAUCAAGGACUCCUUGGUGGUGCACCCAAAGGUCAACAACGAGCUCCAUAUAGCAUGUCGCGACAGGCCAGCAGUGCGGUGACCCCCCAACCCGUGGUCCACGAUGUAUUCGAAACCAAGACCGGGACAUGGCAGUACGUCGUGGCCGACCCAACAACCUCCAAAGCAGUCAUCAUCGACCCGGUCCUAGACUAUGACCCGGCCACCCAGAAAAUCAGCACUCAAAGCGCCCACACAUUGCUCUCUGUAGUCGAGAACAACGGGUACAAAGUCGUUAUGAUUCUGGAAACCCACGCCCACGCCGACCACAUCACCGCGGCAUCGUAUCUCCAGUCACGUCUUGCGCAGACGCAGGGCCAAAAACCUCCAAUUGGAAUCGGCAAACGUAUUGGGCAAGUGCAGAAGUUGUUUGGCGAGAGAUACAAGAUUCCGCCCGAAGAAUACGACGGCGUCUUUGACAAAUAUUUCGACGACGACGAGACGUUCCACAUUGGAGAGUUACAGGCCACGGCUAUUCAUCUUCCUGGCCAUACGCCUGACCAUCUUGGUUAUAAAAUAGGAGAUAAUGUCUUCUGCGGUGAUUCCGUUUUCAACGCAGAUAUCGGCAGUGCCCGCUGCGACUUUCCCGGAGGCAGUUCCAACGACCUUUUCAGGUCUGCUCGCAAACUGCUCGCUUUGGAUCCGCAAGUCAAGAUUUGGACGGGGCAUGAUUAUCCCCCUGAUGGCCGUGGGGAUCCGAUCCCCUAUAUGACUGUCCAGCAGCACAGGGAGGCGAACAAACAUCUUAAAGAUGGAGUUAGCGAAACUGACUUUGUCACUAUGCGGAACCAACGCGAUGCGAAGUUGUCAGAGCCCCGUCUGCUUCAUCAGUCGCUGCAGAUGAAUAUUCGUGCCGGGAGACUCCCUGAGCCUUCGGCUCACGGAUAUCGAAUGCUUCAUCUGCCCUUGAAGCUGGGGGGCUUGGAAUGGUGAUGACAUUGAACAGUGUCGGUUGGCAUUUUUGUAUGUAAUUACGUGGAGACGAGGCUACCGACCUAUGUAAACUAUAUCACAAUACCUCGUUUGAAAGACAAUCAUUGGUUUUUGGAUCCUCUGCUUGAGUUGAAGAAAGCUGGGUAGCAUUUCAAGUUGCUUCUGCUUAGCCCAAAUUUGCCUGUCCUGACGGGGGAGGAACACGUUAUCCGAUGUUGAUACGUCCUGAGCAUGUACAGUUGGACGUCAACUCGAGCAGGCAAACUAGACGAAACAUUUCCCUCUGGCAUGUGGAACACCUCAAGAGCGCCACAAGGCCACCGGUGAGGGCUCAGGUGGUCAGGUGAAAUGGUAGUCCUCUGUUCGGAAGAGCGGUGCAGUGGGUUUGACGCAAGAGGCGAGAGUCGGGAGUCGGUCAAAAGUAGAUCGAGGCCAUCCAGCGAGAUCCGAAGCCAGAAAAUGUGGGGACACUUUAGUGGUAGAAUAAUGAGCAAAAAUGCCUGUUAGCAGAGCGUGGAUUACCAUCACGCCAACGGGUCUCCCCAUUUCUGGACCAAAUGACAUGAAGGCAAGCGAGGCAAACACCGACAUCCGUAGAC